CUAGAAGCAGUGAUGUUUGCGCCCUAAAUCAACUCAUUCACAGAGGGACUAGCCAAACAUAUAUAUUUAUUAGAAGAUUUACACAUGCUUUAAGUCUUUUUUCCUCAACCAAAAUUCUGAAUCCCAAACAAAGUCGUGGUGCUUUGUUCGUUUGGUCAAUAUUCAAUGCAUAAAUUUCAAACUCACCUUGUGAUGGCGAAUCGCAAACGGAAUAGGCCUGAAGAUUGGGAGGAUUUAGAGCCCUCCCCUGUCAUUCAUAUAAGAGAAUUGCCUGAACAUACAUUAGAGCUUGAUUUAUUACGCGUUUUUGAGCAGUUUGGUUCCAUCAGAGAUAUCGCCAUGAUCCCCCACAAGGGCCAAGCUCUGAUCGAAUUUGAUGAUAUUAAUUCUGCUGAGAGGGCAGUUGCUAGGUGCUCGGAAAAUUCUGUAAUGUUUGCUAACCAUCGGCUGAAAGUUAAUUACAGCACUUCAAAAAGGGUUAUACAUCGACCUUUAGAAAAUGAUGGACAGCAUCCUGAUAUACCUCCAGAAAGCCGUGUUCUGUUGUUGACCGUUUACAAUGCACAGUAUCCUAUCACAGUAGAUGUUAUUCAUCAGAUCACGGCUAAACAUGGUCGUGUUUUGCGCAUUGUCAUUCUCCGCAAGGCCAGAAUACAGGCUAUGGUUGAGUUCAAAAGUACUGACGAAGCUCGCACUGCGAAGCGUCACCUAAACGGAGCUGAUAUCUACUCUGGGUGCUGCACUUUGAAAGUCGAAUUUGCUCGUCCGACUCGCCUAACUGUAACUCGAAACGAUCAAGACUCAUGGGAUUUCGAAAACCCUUUACUUAUGUCAGCCGCAAUGAAUGAUACAGAUGGUCGAGGGGACAUCUCAUUAUUAGGACGCUUUGAGCGUUCUCGUGCAAGGCAUGAAAGUUCCAGGUCUAUUAAUGGCGGUUACGGAUAUCACGAUAACUUCAUGAAACAAAAUAAUGUUGGUAUCAGUGUCCCACCUGCUUCAUUUUUGGAUCAGCUCGCACUGAACUAUCAUGUUUCAAGACGUGGUUUUGAUGGAUUAAACGGUCAGCAGUACGUCAGAGCCGCCACGCCUGUCAUUAUGGUGUAUAAUAUGAACAUGGAUCAUAUGAAUUGUGACCGUUUGUUCAACCUUCUUUGUCUUUAUGGAAAUGUGGUCCGUAUUAAAUUUCUACGGACGAAGGAAGGAUCAGCUAUGGCGCAAAUGGGCGAUAACGUUAGCGUUGAUCGUGUCAUUACUAAUUUGUCAGAAGUCCCACUAAUGGGAAAUGCAUUGUCGAUUCGGCCGAGCAAGCAACAACUUAUAUUAGAUGUACCAAAACCUUUCGAAUUGCCAGAUGGCUCACCGUCGUUCAAAGACUAUUCCGGUUGUCGUGAAAAUCGAUACAUAAAUCCUGAUAAGGCUAGUAAAAAUCGUAUUUAUCCACCAUCUUAUACUUUACAUUAUUGGAAUUGCCCUCCGAAUUAUACAGCAGAUGAACUUCGGAAAUUAGUUAUUGAGUGCGGUGCUUCUCCACCUCGACAAAUUGCACCUUUCCCAAGAGUGAGCGACAGAUCUUCUUCAGGUCUAGUCGAGUGGGGAACUAAGGAUGAGGCAGUUACCGCACUUGCACUGUGCAAUCAUCAGGCUAUUCCUAACACCGAGGGUCGUUAUCCAUUUCUUCUGAAACUUUCGUUCUCCAGUUCUGCGGUCAAUGAUCGUGGUUUUCCGGGUUCAAAGAAAAUGGGAUCGUCAGCUCUAGGAAAGUCGGCUGCAUCUGUUGAUUCUAGCGAAUAUGAAUAGUUUAUUGACUGUUGGUUGAAAAUAACAAAAGAACACAGCAUUUGUUACCAAACCUAGCAUCAUAUACCCCAUAUGGUGAUUCCUGUGGCACAUCAGUCAACGCAAUCGCACUUUCCAUUCAAUCUAUAACAUAAUCGCAUAUUGAAGCUGAACAAUCACACAACAAUUCGCAACGUAAAUCCAAUUCAAUUUAUGCAUAUUGCCAUCUUAUUCAUUAUUUGUUAAAAAAAAUUAGUCUUCGCGUAUGAUAUACAUCCUAGACAUAUUGUAAUUGGUGUGUCUAUCUUUCUAUCUAUUGCUUGCUUGAAUGCUUUAACUUAUUCAUAACUGUUAUCUAUAAUUAUGAUGGCAUUUUGUCGCAAUAUAUUCUUGAUGCUAACCGUUUUUUGCUGAGCUAAUUCUCCGGUGUGAUUGUCUGUGUAUGUUUGUGCGUGUUUUGCCGUUAAUGUGUUUACACAAUAUCCAUCUGCAUGUCAUUUUUGCAUUUGGUAUUUAUGAACAGCUAUUUUUGGGGUGUUGUCUAUUCUGGGUGUGUAUUCCCGUAGGUUGUUUGUAAGUUUUCGUCUAACUCAGUCUGUCUCAUUGUAUGUAUUUCUUUUGUGGCUGUCAUUAAUUUAAACAACCAGAACAAUCUCGUUUGAUGAUUUUCUUCAUUCUUCUUCCUUUAAUCAACAGUCUCAAACAUUUUAAUUAGUGCAUUUAAAACUAACAGUAUCUAAUCACUGCGUUCCUGUCACAAAUUCAAGCUGAAAUAAAAAAUUAAAACUACUAUAUGAGUAAUCAAUUAAAAAACCGACUUACAUCUUGUUUCCUUAAUGUGACAAUUGUUGAAAUAAGUGGAAAGUAGUAGAAUUGAAGAGAAAAUAUGUAUUUCCAAGUGAAGACAGAUUAGAACCCAAUAGUUUUCCGAAAUUCAAGGCGACUUCAUGUUAUGUGUGUUUCUGAUCAUGAAGCUUAUUUCCGUUUUGUUUUGUAGUCACAGCAAGUCAACACUAGUCGAUUAGUUUGCAUUAGACUAUUCCAAUUGAUGGGUAGUCACUUGUUUAAUCCUCCACGUCAACUGAUCGACAAAUUCUGUAUCACACUAGUGCAAACAUUUCAUUUCGCCAAUAAAAGUUUAUUAACUAUACACUUUCAAUUAUAAAGUUAAUAUUUUCCAACUGUGUUUACAUUACAGUAAAUUUGCAAGUGUUGCAUUUCAUAUUCACAUUUCAGCGUACGCAAACACAUGACAUUUUGUCUAUCCAACCGAACAGAUGUGCAACAGUCUUAAUGGUAUAAAUAAUUAACACUUUCACAGUUGUUUUUUUCCCACUGUUAAAUAUGCAAUUUUUGUUCGUAUUCUUAGGUAUUCAUUUGCAUAUCUAAUCGAAAUUUAAACUGUGCAUUUAUUAAAUAUUUUUCAUUUUACCUGCUUAUUUUGAUGUCAGCAAAUACUUUGGACAAAUCACUGUAUCACAGUAAUUCGUAAAAGUGAUAUAAACGACGAGAUUACCGAUUAUUGUUAAAUCUUUUCCUAGAUCUAUUUGCACUAGGUCUUUUCUUCCGAGAGUUUUCGCUUCACAAAAGCAAGGACGACGGCAAAACCAAAUUGUAUAAUUUGUCUACGGCUUACUUUAUCCUGUGAUAUAUGUAGGCAUAAAUUCUUGUUUUGGUGUGAUCGUUAGUGUACUCAUCUAAUUUUGUGUGUAAUAUCCCCUGUAAGAGUUUCUUCGCAUUGUUGAGUUACAUAGAAACUUGUUUUAUUAUCAUCAUGGGCAUUUCACUAUAACUGUCAUGUCCAUUUUAGUUAUACUUUUGUUGUGUUGACAGCGAGCUUUAAAGCCUGGCAGAGCUGCGUUAAAAAUAUCGACGAUGAUUAAAAAAACAGCUGAAUUAGUCUCGCUUCAGACACAUGUUUAAUUAAUAUCACAUUUUUUUGGAAUCUGGUGGAUUCCACUGUUGGUCACCAUCAAUCAAAAUAGUUUGACGUUGAUCCUUGGACAUCGUGGAAGCGUCCUUCCUAGGAACCAGCAUGACAACAAAGAUAAAGCAUUUCGGUUGAACAUAACCAAUCAACGGUAAUUGCAAAUUAAACUAAAAACGAAUAGCAGGACAAUUUUCGCUUAUUGAAACUGGCUACAGUCAUGGUUCAUAAAGAGCUAAACAUUGGUCGGUUAUAAAGCCAUGCUGAAAUAAAUUAGUAUUGUGUAUUACACAUAUGAAGGGUUUUUCUAUUAUCUGUUUAAAUGUAGCUAAGUUAAAUAGAAACGGGAGCUUUAGACGUAUAUUAUUAGGGAUCGAAUGAACUGUGUGGUAGGGGUGGUUUUGUGUUCAUUUUAUUGCGCUUGAAGUAUGCUUAGUUGUUGAAGUUGGUAGCAUAUAUCAAGUCCCACUGUCUCACGUUAACACAAGUAAAAUGAUGUUACAAUAUGUUGGUAUAUUGUUCUGUGUGGCAUUUAUUCCUAGGUAUAUUGAUGAAGCAAACUAUGAUCGCUACACGUUAUUAGAGAGGUUCCAUAUAUGCCUUAAUUGAAUACAUUUUUUUACCUGUUGAAAUGCUGUUUUUUCAUUCCUGAAUUCAUUGUAUUUGAAAGUGGUGGUUCUUCCAAUUGUUAUUCAGAAAGUAGAUUUUCGUCAACCAAAAUUAUGAUCUAUCUUCGAUGUACGGUCUCAUUUUUGUUUUUUUGAAAUGUGUACGUAUGAUAUGGGAAAUCAUCAGAGGAUAAAUAGCGAUGGUUGCAAUACGUUGCUUCGUGAUUAGCACUAUUUAGUAUUAAAUGCGAUUAAGGUGUCCAUUUCGUAGAGGGGAGAAGUAUUAUAAUUUGGCUGUGGAGUUGUUUAUCAGAGGUUGUAUUUAUUUUUGCUUAGCUUACACCUCAAUAUCAUAGCGUUAGUGGUGUUCUGUGAAAUAAACCCAUUCAAUGAUAUGUGUAGAACUCAGUUACUCAAAACGAAAUUAUUAUAUUAGAGGGUACGAAUGACAUUUGUUAAAGUAUGUUCGGUUACUCAGACUGAAGUGAAGCUGGACUCGAACCCUAGCCCUAAGUGAAUGAACCACAUCACUCGCAUGAGUCGAGAGUAGGUAAACUUGAGCAAAUUAGAAAGGUACAUUUACACUACGACUUGUUAGUGCAUACACUAGUUAUUGUUUAUUUCAUUUUGCUGCCGCAUACCUUUGUGCCUAUGCUGCACAGUGUGUAGCGAAGUGUACACGUGAUACGAAGACUUGAGCGUAGCCGUUUUCAUUUCAUGUAUGGUUGUUGUUGUUGUAAGUUUAAUUUUCGAUCACAGAUUUUUCUGUAUUGAUGCGUAAACGAAUGCAUUUUUCUUGCUUCAGUGAUGGUUGGACCCAAGCUGAAAGUUUUAAAAUCCUAUUUUGCUACUAUAUUAUUAUUCCAUUCGUUCAUUCACGCGGUUUUUGUUUUUAUACCACUUUUUAAUUUGCCUAAUGGGAUAAUUCUUUUUCUUAUAUGGUGAUAAUUUCUUGAGUGGCGGUCGGAUCAAGAGGGUAACCGUUGGCAACAAAGCUAGUCCUCUGUAUCAGCAUAAUUUAUUUGACGUAGUUACUUUGUCAUGCGGAUACGUUUUAUGCUGGAUUAUUAAACGGUUGCUUCGGUAGGAAUGUUCAGCGGCAAUAAUUCACGUAGUACUAGAUGAACAUGUUCCAUUUAAUUUUGAUUUAUUCUGAAUUAAAUCAUCUUAUAUGCUAGAACUAUUAUCAAAUGACUUGAUAUUGUGGUCGAUAUAUGUGCAUCACUGUUGGAUUUUGAUUUUUUACUCGUCGUAUUUUGAAUGCUUAAUUAUUUUCCUUAAGCAAAGUGUAUUUAGGUAUUUCCCGUCAUAUUUAUCGUUCUCGUAAUCGCGUAAUCAGUAAAAAUCUUACCCUACAUUAGAGACUGAUGCAUUCUAAGUAAACUGCCAACAUUGAUUGCCAUAUUGUGUCUAUUUUAGUCUUUUGAAGGCGAUUCAGCAUUGUGGUACAUGGUUCUACCAUACCUAUGUAAAUAAAUCGCUUCUGCUACUGCUACUCUCCCCAAGAAGUAGGCUACUAAGGGUCCUUCGAUGAUGUGCUGCCUUAUUACACUUAGUGUACGUUGGCGAUGUAAGAGCGACAGUUGUUUAAGUUUCUAUACCUUCUAAUUUGUUAUUGUAGUCAUGUUACAUUUUUGCUAAGGUUUCGGUAAUCAUUGCGUUAUUUGAUUAAUUCCUACUGGAAUUAUAAACUUAAAUUU